UGAAUUUAAAAAUAUUGAGAAUUAAUGACCAUUCAUUAAUUUAGAAAUUGAUUUUUGCCAGCACCACGAGAAAUAAUAGUUUCAUAAAAAGAACUUUAUAUUAUAGUCAUAAAAUUACUUAACAUAAAGAUUUUCGGAAUUCGAAAAAAUUUCAACAGCCAGCAACAUGCUUUUUCGAUCCGCGAUCAAGUCUAUAUCUAUAUUUUUUAAAUAUUUUACAUAUUCGCGUAAUCAGUGCAGCGACGAUAAUAAGAACAUAAUCGCAUUUCCAGCGUAAUUUUUUCGCAUGUUUGUUUUUGUGAUUUUUUUUCCGAAUAUAACCUUCUAUUCGCUUAAAUUCGAUAAACGAUCUGCAGGAUGAUCUUUUUUAAUUAAUUUUGUACUUUUUUAUUGCUCGCCGUUUCACGUAAAAUCAUUCUAUAUCGAAAUUUGUCUUUUACGCGAAUGUCGAUCAAGAUUCAUCGGAAUAUAGGCAAAGCUUUCUCGGGCGCAAUCAGUUGUUUCCGUUAGAUGUCGUUUUUGAUCUCCCGUGGGAUUUAUCGCCAUAUUGUUUACUUUACGCGAGCCGAUUCGCAUUGUUAUCAGCUUUCUAUACGUUAUUUAUAUAUUUCGGCAAGAGUACGGUGGCGAAUGUGUACGGUAUCCGAUAAUGAAUAUAUUACGGAAGCGAUCGCGAUAAGAGUUGUGAUAAAAAGAGGAAAUCUUAAUUAUAAACGCGGGUAGUUGUCGCGAAUUAUCAACGCAUUUAGCGCAAGUUCGCGCUUGGAAAUGAAAGAUCGCGAAAACAGUUGCACAGUUGUGCACAGAAUUUAUGUCGAAAUCAUGGUUGUGUUUUUGUAAUCACCGCGAUCACACAUGUGCAUGAAAUGUGGAAGAACUUGGACAUGGACUCGGACUCUGAAGAUCUAGGGCAUACUUCGCGGUCGCCGGCUGUUGAGGUUAGGACAGCGGUACAUCUUGAUUUUCCUAAUGCGCGUUGAAUUCUGCAGUAUACAUAUAUCUGACCAGUUACGAAGGCGAAGGAACUGAAAAUAUGCGGCAGCGCAAGAAGCGGCGGCGAGGUGUGCUGCUCGGCCGACAUGGAAUUGAGACUACAGGCACGGGCACGCGACAAGCACGAGAAGAUCAUAAAAGAUACUCUCCAGAGACUGCACCAAGUCCUGUUUUCGCGAGGAAUCAAGUUCCACAAUUUUUUCAAGGAACUACUGUUAGACAGCAAGAAGGGCUUUCACGAGAUGUUCAAGAAGACCUACGGCAUCCUUUACGAACAGAAUUCGUAUGUCUUCACGGACUUCUUCAAGGAACUGGAGAGUUAUUAUCUGAAGGGAACGGUGGACCUCGAUGACGCUAUGGACAAUUUCUUUAACACUCUUUAUCAGAAGAUGUUCACGGUGCUCAACAGUCAGUACAACUUUGACAAUAAAUAUCUGGAAUGUGUAAGCGACCACAUGAAGGAAAUGCGACCAUUCGGGGACGUGCCGCAGAAAUUAAGCGUGCAAGUCAAACGAUCCUUUGUGGCUACAAGAGCCUUCAGCCAAGCUCUGACGAUCGCCGCGAACGUGCUGAAAAAUAUGCAAACGCUAAAACCAUCGAUAGAAUGCGCAGCUGCCGUGACCAGGAUGACAGUCUGUCCAUCCUGUAGUGGUAUACCGGGCACCGUGCUGGCGUGCGGCGACAUGUGUACCAAUGUGAUGAAGGGUUGCUUGGCGCAUCACGCGGCACUCGACGCUGAAUGGAAUCAGUUCGUUGAGGCCGUAGACAAAGUCGCCGAUCGGCUGCUCGGACCGUUCAACAUCGAGGUGCUCGUGCGUCCGAUCAAUCUGAAGAUCUCCGAGGCAAUCAUGAACUUCCAGGAGAGCAGCCAGGAUGUGUCGCAGCGAGUGUUUACCGGCUGCGGUCGACCGGUGCUGGGCAGACGUAGGCGUAGAGACAAUCGCGAGCUGGAAUUGGAGUCCCUGAACUUCGAUCAGGAAACGACGACGGAUGAUCGCUCCUUUUCUCACGUGGACAAGCUGGUAAAAGAGAUACGCCAGCGGGUGCGCGACUCCAGGCAGUUCUGGAUCUAUUUACCCUAUCGAAUGUGCAACGAAGGUCUGGCGGUGCCACCCAGCAACACGAAGGAAUGUUGGAACGGCACGCACGUGGACAAAUACGUAUACCCCGUGUCCUCGGACGGCGAAUCUCAAAUGAUGAAUCCAGAGGUACGCAGCAUAGGAACAAAAACGAUCGUGAAGGAUCAGAUUUUCGCGCUCAGCGGCAUCACAAAUAGGUUGAAGUUGGCAUACAACGGGCAGGAUGUCGACUGGUUAGACAACGAGGACGAGGAGUGGAACGGUUCCGGCAGCGGUUCGGGUGGCGGUGCGUUCACCGACGACGAGGACGGCUACGGCGAGGGCUCCGGCUACGAUAAGCCGCGCGUCGUAGAAUCAGAGCCGGAACCGCCGCAGAAACAGCCGCUGCCGCCAGUUGUCCACGAGCCGGAAUCGCCGAAGGUGGACAUCGCCGAGGAUCCGCAAAAGGGCACCGGCACGAGCAACGCGGACGCAGGUAACAACCAAACCACCGCCGUGGACAGUGGCGGCAGCGCCAGCAGGCAGAAGAUGUCGCUGUCCAGGGCGCUGACGACGUACCUGGUGCCGAUAGUGGUGAUGUGGUUCGGCGGUGUCUUCAAUGAGAUUCUGUGAUUGUGCGGACCCCGCGACUGUGAGCGUAGCGCAGUGUAAAUAAUAUUAUUCGUUUGCGUGCCACGAUCUCCGACGGAGAUCGAUGGAGGAUGAGAAGAGGACUAACGACGGACUCUCGCUUCGCGAAUCUCGCGGAGCUCCGCCAAGGACGCUUCGAGAAGAAAUGGGUCAGAAGACGUUUUUUGCAAACGGAGCGUCCCCGAAUCCAUUCCCAGACCUCGAUAUAAUUACUCGCUAAAUCGACACAAUUGAUCGACCUUUCGGAAUUUUAGAUGUAUAGUAUUUUAGACGUGUUAACGUUGUAUCAGAUUCUUACCGCGAAUUACCGAAAUUCGAGCUUCUGCGUAAAGAAAUCAUCAGCCGUGAUAGGAUACCGCAUUUUAAUCUAAACCGAGUCUUUCCGAAUUUAAGAUUAUAUUACCUUGUCAGAAUUUUACUGCCAAUCGAAAUUACGAGUUCGAACGAAUUAUCGAUAAUGCGAGUAAAGAAUUUAUCAUCACGGAGAGAUGACUCAUACGGAUCGGAUCGAAUCUUUCUGAACUUUAGAUGCACUCUUUUAACCUUAUAGAAAUAUUACUGCCAACUGAGAAUUUUCACACUUUCUCACCCUUUUUAUCCGAAUAUUCGAUGAUACCGUAAUAUUAUCCUCUAUUUCAUCUAUUUCGGACACUUCAGGCGUUUGAUAAGCGUCAAAUCGUACGGCCAAAGAUGAGAUCGUCGAUCAAACGGGUGCGAUUACUUAUCGAUAUCUUGCGUACAUCGUACCGCAUAGCGUGUCGAUAAUCGCUGCACGAGCGUAAUUGAAAAGCAAUGUAUCCCAUGCGCCGAUAAUCGCGGCGAUUUCGUUAUACACAAACCCGAAACAAUCAUGCGACGAGAGAGACGGAAACAUUAUAACAUAUACGUAAAACGAACUGAACAGAGUAUACGAGCGGAAGCAGGACUGAGUAUUUAUUAAGUGUUCGACAGGAUUUCGAAUGCACACGAGUCCUGAGUACGUGGCAGGAGGCACGAACAAUCAGAAUCCUUGUCCUCGUGACGUUUCGUCAUGUAUGGAUUUUUGCUGCGACCCCGUAUAUACAUAUAUGCCAUAUUGAUUAAAAUAAUCUUCGCUUCGUGCGACAGAAGUGCGAAGAUUUUAACCGAGUAAUUUUAGCGCUGAAUGACACCGCUUGAUUUUAAUUUUACAUUAGCAAUGAACGCGAUCUAUUAACAUUAGAUCAUUAUUGUAUUAUUAUUAUCUUUUAUAGAAUUAUUGAAAGAUGCAAAAGAAUCGUAAAGUACGGGAUUGCGGCGACACCGUAAAUCCAGACGAGGAUUCAACUUGGCUCACGUUAUAUGCGAGAUUUAUUAAUGGAAAGUACAGUGUUCUCGGCGCUGUCGGUAUUGCCAAUGACAAAUAUGAUCCCUUCGGACAGCUCGAUACGAUGCAAUCAAGUGGAAGUAGCAAUUAAUCGAUAAUAAUGGCUUCAGUGAAUUCCGAAGGGGAUAUGUUUGAUAUUAUCGCGAAACCGAACCGUAACACUGUAGCAUUAAUUUGCUUUAGAAUUAAAAGCAUGGAAAACGCGCGUGAAAGAUAUUCGUUAUGAUAUAAGAUGUAAAUAAGGAGAAUGGCGAUAAGAAUAAAAAAAAAAGAGUGUGAUAAGAAUGCGGAGACGCGUACACCUUUCGCGUUUGAAAUGAAAUAUAUGUACAUGCGCUUCAGACAUCAUAGAACGAAAAGGGAAAACGAAAAAAUUAUGAAUGAUGUAGAAAGUGCAGUUGUAAAAAGGAAAUAGAACUUUUGUUCCUCGAUAUUGUAUUGUGGAACGGCCGAUUUCGCAUUCGUCAUUGUACGAACUAUCGAACAAAAUGAUGGUAUUUGUCAGCAAUGUCAUUAUUUUUCCAAUUGCUUUUAAUUAGACUUUGUUACGAGGUUAUUUUUUAACUUAAUAAAUAAAUGUAAGAUAUAUAAUGUUGAAUUGUAAAUAAAAUUAACAGUUAUUUUUUUAAGAAAUUAUAAGCUUCUUAAAUACAAAAUCUUUUUUGCGUAAAAUGUCUGGCGUCUUGUGUAAACAAAUUUUUGUCCGGUUUUUUUUUAUGUUAUGUAUUUUUAUAUUAACCAUUCUUCGAGCUAUUCAUGUUUCGUCAAAAUGUAUGACUUAUACCAUUAUACCGUUCAACGGCUUAUAUUACCCGCUAUUUUGCCGUAUUGUUCGCGUAGCCAUUGUCAACUCGAAGGUAACAGUGUCAAAGUGAUGUGAGAAAACGGCGGUCGGAGGCGGGCUUCUGUGAUAAAAUCAAAUAGAUCGAGCAUUAUGACCGCUCUCCAUUCAUCCGCGCUUUCUUUUUCGGCUCGCAGUUGGAGGAUGAGGGGUGCGCGAGCGCGCGAGGGACAUUUAUUGAAAAAAUAAAUCUAGUGAAAUAUUAAAAUAGAAUAUUAUGAAUA